CUCCCGGAAUUAUUAUGGUGUGACACGCCUUUGCGGACAGGAAGAGGAGACAGCCUGCUUGUUUUACGACUAUUUAACCCGAGUUUGGUCGUAAUAAUCAGUUUAGUGCAGUAUAAGAGUAGUCAGUCCCUGUGAGUGUCAGCAUGGCCAUCAGCGCGGUCCACCUGGAGGCGGACGCCUUCCUUGUGUGCAUGAACCACGCGCUGAGCACGGAGAAGGAGGAGGUGAUGGGCCUGUGUCUCGGCGAGAUGGAGACGGACCGCAUCGUCCACAUUCACUCCGUCAUCAUCCUGCGGCGCUCCGACAAGAGGAAGGACAGAGUGGAGAUCUCCCCGGAGCAGCUGUCCGCCGCCUCCACCGAGGCAGAGCGGCUGGCGGAUCUGACAGGGAAGCCCCUGCUCCGGGUGGUGGGCUGGUACCACUCCCACCCCCACAUCACCGUCUGGCCCUCUCACGUGGACGUCAGGACCCAGGCCAUGUAUCAGAUGAUGGACCAGGGCUUCGUGGGCCUCAUCUUCUCCUGCUUCAUCGAGGACAAGAACACCAAGACGGGCCGCGUCCUCUACACCUGCUUCCAGUCCACGCAGGCGCAGAAGGGCGCGGAGUACGAGCGGGUGGAGGUCCCGGUGCACGUCGUGCCCCGGGACUCGGUGGGCAAGGCGUGUCUAGAGUCUGCCGUGGAGUUGCCGCGGAUCCUGUGCCAGGAGGAACAGGACACGUACAGGAAGAUCCACAGUCUGAGCCACCUGGACCCCAUCACGAAGAUCCACAACGGCUCUGUGUUCACCAAGAACCUGUGCAGCCAGAUGUCCGCCGUCAGCGGGCCCCUGCUGCAGUGGCUGGAGGACCGGCUUGACCAGAACCAGCAGAACAUCGCCGACCUGCAGCUGGAGAAGGAGAGGCUGCAGCUAGAGCUGGCCAGCAUGUAGCUCUAUAGAACUCAGUAUGCACCGAGCUCACAGACAUGAAGCUCUAUACACACUGUACGCCUUUAAUACUGUCUGUUCUAUAUGGAGCUGCAAAACAUGUAGCUCCAUAGAACUAACAGUAUCAAUACUUAUAUAUAGAGCUGUACAACAUAUAGCUCUAGAACUAACAGCAUAAAUAACGUCUGUUAUAGAGCGGCACAACCAAUAGCUCUAGAACUACAAAUAUAAAUACUGUCACCUCUAUAUAGAGCUGCCCAACAUGUAGUUCUUUAGAACCAAUAGUACCAGUUCUGUCUGUUCUAUAUAGAGCUGUCAAACAUAUAGCUAUAUAUAAGUAACAAUACACUACUGUUGGAUAUAGAGCUUGCCAAUUUAUAGCUAUAUAGCCCAAACACAAUGAUAAGAAGUAUUGGUUAAUAUAAUAAGCUGUGCCUCUAUAUAGCAGUAACAAUAGACUAUCUUCUAUUUUCUGUCAGUUAUAUAGAGCUGGGCAACAUAUAGGUCUAUAUAGAACUAACAGUAUUUAGUAUUAGUAUCUGAGCUGGCCAACAUGUAGGCAUCUUCCGCCUCUGACCUGCACUUCCUUUCUGACAAGCAGAGGAUUUUAAUGAUUUCUAAUGACCUGUUUCAAACCUGCUUUCCACUGCGAUUGAACAUUAAACUGUUGGAGCCGUAAAUGAUGUCUGUCCUGCGGGUGUGUCGGCUCUAAGCUUCGGACUGUAGCGAUGCUGGCUAACCUGCAGAACACGUUCCUCCGGGUGUGAUGAAAAUCGUUCAUGUCGUUUCUUGCUUCAUUUAACACCUUGGCCAUUGGUAUGUUCGGGAAAACUUUAUUUAUAAUUGGGGGACUUUAAUAAAAUAUUUUAAGGAAGAUUC